CUGCUACAAGUCAUUUACUGAGCGCAACAGAAUGAUGUCAUAAGUUCCUCUCGCAAGCUUCCUUGCUUUUCCACAUACUAUAAACUUCAGAGUUGGAAUUUUUAUGGUACGGUAACAUGGAAACAUAUGCUAAAGAUAUAAAACACCAGCAGCUUUUCCAGAAGCUAUAGACAAAUUUGAAGCGACACAUUUGCUUCACAGCUAGACAUGAGGAGGCUAUUGUUUUUGUUCACUCUAACUGUGAGAGCAGCUGCUGGAUAUAAAUUUGGAUAUGAAGGAUCUGGAUAUUCGUAUGCUGAAAGCCAUGAUGUUGACUAUACAGUAAAAUAUACUGGAAGCAGUUAUGACAUGAAUUAUAAAGAACCAAGAUGGUGUCAUCCAUUGAGCAUAGAAAAUGGGAUCGCAGAAUGUUAUUCACCGAGAGGUCCAAACUAUAGGAGUACACUUGGAACCCGAUGUCACAUAUCUUGUGAUAGAGGAUACAGGCUCUUGGGUCGCAAGCAGGUCGAAUGUCGCGUGACCAGGCGCUGGUCAGGAAUCAGCAGAUGCAAAGAGGUACGUUGUUAUCUACUUCCUGUGUUUCCCUAUGGAUCAUAUGCAUGCUCAAAGGGGACACGCAUGGAUUCUCAGUGUGAGUACAUAUGUGAACAAGGAUACCAACUGGAAGGAGAUAGAAUAAGAGUGUGCCUGCAGAAUGGCCAUUGGAGUGGGACUGAACCUUUAUGCGUAGAUUACGAACCUCCCAGGAUAAAGUGCCCAGGGUCUCGUGAAAAGGUGGCGGAACCAGGGCAGCUGACGACUCGCAUAUACUGGGAUCCUCCACGGAUAAAGGAUGUGGUUGAUAAACACAGCACAAAAUUAAUUCUGAAGGGACCAGCCUCAGGGUCUGAGUUUGGAAAGGGUGAACAGGUCAUUCGUUAUGUGGCCUAUGACAGAGAAAGGAACAAAGCCACUUGCAAAUUCACUGUGACAGUUUUUGUUCGAAGAUGCCCUCUUUUGAACCCCCCUGCCAAUGGUUACAUCACUUGUACAUCUGAUGGCAAUAACUAUGGUGCAACCUGCACUUACACGUGUGAAGGAGGCUACGAACGUCAGGGUAUCUUCAAAAGAGUGUGUCUCUUUAAUCGAAGCUGGUCAGGAAUGCCACCAUCUUGUGUACGAAUUCAGAUUAACGUUGAUGUGAAUUCAGUGGCUGCUCUCUUGGAUCAGUUUUUUGAAAUUCAGCGUCUCCUCAUCAUUUCCUCCCCAAGCCCAUCUGAUAGAUACUACAGGAUGCAGAUGACCUAUCUUCAGGAGGCUUCCUGUGGAUUUGAACAGUGGCAAAUAACAGUAAUAGAAUUGAUUGGAAAUCCACCAAAACUAGUGGGACGCAUAAAGGAGCAGCAGCUUUCUACAGAAAUGGCUGAUGAACUCAGACAAGUCUAUUAUUUAUCCGAUAGACAUUUUGAUGUUGUCCUGAUCGACAAAUAUGGUACUGACAGGGAACGUUAUAUUCAACCUGUUACACCCAGUGAGCUGUUUUCAUUCAUUGAUGAAAACAUACUGCGGGCAGAUGAGAGGGCUGCCCGACAGCAAAAGGAAGAUUUCUGUAGCUAAAGCUCAAACGUGUCAAUUUUUUUUCCAGUAGACACAACAAAUGCAGAUGCUGAAAUCUUGAUUAAAAAGCACAAAGUGCUGGAGUAACUCAGCAGGUCAGGCGGCAUCUCUAGAGAACAUGCUUAGGUGACGUUACGGUUCGGGACCCUUCUCCAGUCUGAAGAAGGGCCCCGAACAGAAAUGUUGCCCAUCUAGGUUCUGCAGGGAUGCUGCCUGACUCGCUGUGUUACUCAGGCAUUUUUUUUCCUCAAUGUUUCUUCCAAUUUGCCUCAACAAACUAUGUAAUACCAGUUCAAUUUGCAGACAGAAGGUUUAUUCUUUCCUUAUCUUCCAUUGUAAUAAAUGUUGCCAUGAUCCUUUGAAAUCACACAUUUUCCUGCAGCUAAAAAUCUGAUUUUCUGUAAAAGCAUAGUUGACAUGUAUAAAGUUCAUUACAUGAAAAUGUA